AUGUCGCCGCCGCCGGCUCAACUGCUUGAUUCUGACGAGUUCCGGCGGCAAGGCCAUCAGGUCAUCGAUUUUAUCGCCGAAUACUACUCUCGCAUCGCCGACUACCCCGUCCACCCCGACGUCGUCCCUGGGUUCUUGAGCCGCCGUCUCCCGCAGAACGCGCCGUCGCGACCGGAGUCCGACCCGCUCUCUGCGGCGCUGAACGACGUCCGCGACCUUAUCCUUCCGGGCAUCACCCACUGGCAGAGCCCGCGCCACUUUGCGCACUUCCCGGCGUCGAGCAGCACGGCCGGCGCUCUCGGCGAGGCCCUCGCCGCCGGCAUCAACGUCGUGCCGUUUACGUGGGCCGCCUCGCCAGCCGCCACCGAGCUGGAGGUCGUUGUGGUGGACUGGCUAGGCAAGGCGCUUCAGCUGCCAAAGAGCCUUCUGUUCGAAGGGGGCGGCGGCGGCACGUUGCUGGGAACCUCCUGUGAGGCCAUCCUGUGCGUCCUCGUCGCCGCCAGGGACAGGAAGCUUGCCGAGAUCGGCGAAGGUAGGAUAGGCGACCUCGUCGUCUACUGCUCCGACCAGACACACUUUGCCUUCCGCAAAGCCGCCCGCAUCGCCGGCAUCCGCAAGGACAACUGUCGCGUGAUACCAGCACGACGUGAGGAUAUGUACGCGCUGCCGCCGGCGGGGCUCGAGGACGCCAUGCAGGCGGACGUGGAAGCUGGCCUGGUCCCGGUAUUCCUGUGCACGUCAGUAGGGACAACGCCGACCACCGCUGUGGACUCCAUCCGCGAGCUCUGCGCGGUGGCAUCGCCGCGCGGCGUCUGGGUGCACGUGGACGCAGCCUACGCCGGCUCCGCGUUGAUCUGCCCGGAGUUCCGCCACCUUGUCGAGGGCAUGGAGGACGUCGACUCGCUCAGCAUGAACCCUCACAAGUGGCUUCUCGCCAACAACGACUGCUGCGCUCUGUGGCUGAAGCAGCCGUCCGCGCUGGUGGCAGCGCUCGGCACGGACGACGACGUGAUCCUCAAGGACGCCGCCGCCAUGGACGACGGCGCGCCGGUGGUGGACUACAAGGAUUGGCAGAUCUCACUGACGCGUCGGUUCCGCGCGCUCAAGCUCUGGCUCGUGCUCCGCUGCUACGGGACCGACGGCCUGCGCGACGCCGUUCGUGCCCACGUGCGCGUCGCGGCGGCGUUCGAGGACAUGGUGUGCGCGGACGCCAGGUUCGAGGUGGUGGCUCCGAGGCUGUUCGCGCUGGUGUGCUUCCGGCUCCGGCCACCGUCCAUCGCGACGUCGCCGCUGGAGGCCAACAACCUCAAUGAGAGGCUUCUGGCGGCGGUUAACGCGACGAGGGAGGGGCCGUACAUGAGCUGCGCGGUGGUGGGCGGCGCCUACGUGCUCCGGUGCGCCGUUGGGAGCACGCUCACGGAGGAGCGCCACGUACGCGAGGCGUGGAAGGUUGUGCAGGACCAUGCCACGCUAAUCCUAGCACCGAUCCAAGUAAAAUAUGGUGGAAGAGAUGGACAGAUUUUUGGCUCCUGGGGCACGAGCGUAGAGACGACGCCACCGUGCACGCCCUCGUGGAGCCCGACGACGACGGGGCCGACGCCACGACCGCCGCCGCCGUACGCGCCCUCGUGUAGCCCGACGACAACGUGCGCCUCCUCGCCCUCGCGCUCGCUCGCCGAGAAGCUCGACGCGCUCAACCACGUCGCCGCCCGUCUGGGCUCCCGCGUCGUGCUCUACCUCGGCUCCCGCGCAAUGCGCGCCCUCGUGGAGCCUGACGACGACGCGAACCUCCUCUACAUCCUCCCUGUCGCCGAGCUCGCCCCGAGACAGCCCCGCCCCGGCGCUUCUCCGCCCGACCUCGCCCCGACCGAGAAUUUCUCCGCCGCGCACGCGCACGCCGCGGUGGCACCGAGCAUGCCUCAUUGGGAAUCCUGGUCAGCCACGCCAACACCAUCAUCCACGUCGGCCACGGCAACACCAUCGUCCACGUGA